AGUUACAUCAAGUUGUAGUCGGCUAAUCGUUUAUCUUUGCCCGGAUGCUAGAAACUUCCAAGCUCAAUCUUUAGACAAAGUUGCAAGUCGAGCUCUGCGUGGAGACCUGCCUUGUACUACUAUUCGCCCCGCGUCAAUGUAUGUCUUGCCUUGUUCUCGAUCGGUGACUAUGCUCGGGGACUACACAUUUCCGACUGCGUUCAUGAGAAAUUCAAUUGCUCAUCUUACAGAGCCUCAGCGCUCUUGGGGCUGUAUGUCAGACUCCGCCACUAGACGCGUGUUAUUUUCAUCAGCUGAGUCGUUGACUUCGUCACGGGCCGUCUGCCUGGUAUAAAAGUCAUACCGUUAUCUCAAUCCCACAGCGUCUCAUCCUACCAGUGGUUUCGCUCGAAUCAUGCUCAAUUUCCUUUGGACUCGGCGUAUCAUGCCCCCAACUGACGCACAGAAAGAGCGAACGCCACUCCUUGAACGAAGGCUUGGGGUGUGGCGCGUACUGAUCGCCGCUGAUGAAUCGUCAUCAUUCAGGCUCCCCAAUCUUCAGUGGGGUAUUAUAUCGACACAUAUCCCCCUCUUGACUCGCGGAUACAAGGAUAUUCACUCCAUUAGUCCCAUGUUGUUCUGGCUCAUGGUGGUUACACACCUCUGGUAUGCAAUUGAGGACCCAUUGUCGCUCUACUUCUCAAACCGCCUUCUACUUCUCAUUCAACGCUCUGUUUUGCAAGGCAAGGUUCACACGAGUCUAGACAGAGAUCUGUGUAUGGCUAUCAUUGCUCGAGCUUCAUGCUCCGCGUUCAGCGGAUUUGUACAGUGGACUUCGAAUAAUGUACAAGACCAAUACUGCAUGCUCGUCAAUUACCGACUUCAAGAGCGGUUACUUCGAGCAAAUCUUGCGCGUGAUCUUGAAACCUCCCAAGAUAACGAGGCGCAUCUUACAACCGACCCUGAACUGGUAUUUCGCUGCCUUGUACGACUACUUGAUCUUGGAAAGGAGAUUAUUUCAUUUCUGCUCCAAUUGCGAUUAUUGCUGCAUCUCUUAGGCUCCGAAUUUGCAAGUGCCGGACCUGUCUCGAUCCUAUUGUGUUUUUUGCCCCUGUUAUUGGAAAAUAUGUGGGACAAUCAGCUCUGGAGCAAAGCUUACGUGAAGCAGGCAAUCAAUGGCGACUACUUGCGGCAAGAGGCCUUGACCUUGCUCACGGACCACACAUACAAAGCUGAGGUGAUGGGAGGCAAUUUAUCAAGUUAUCUUUUAGAAGAGUACCAGAGAGUGCACGAUGCACUGAGUCACAUACCUAACGGAGACGUUGAGACUUUGUGGAGACGAUCAACGACUGCUCUGCCCAAUAUGUUUUUUAACCUCUGCAAUGACGGACCUGUUCUCUAUAUCGGGCUGUUGGCUCUUAUGAAUCCAAGUCAGGUAUCUGUUGUUCAGCUAGCUAUGCUAGAACAAACCGCCACACGUCUUCGAUACACGUUUGCUUUCGCUAGGCACAUCAUCACCCUUUGGCCGAGCGAAUUGGCCAGCGUGAAGAAUUUUUACAGACUUCUCGAUCUUAAGAACAAGAUGAAGGACGGUUGUAUGCCGUAUUCACCAGCAGCCGGUGCUUUGGGUGUCUCGUUAGAAGUUCGAAACGUAUCGUUCAACUAUCCCGGUGCCAAGUCUGAAAGAGAUGCAUUGAAGGAUGUCUCUUUUUCGAUAAAAGCAGGUCAAUUGGUGGUCAUCGUCGGCGCAAACGGCUCAGGAAAAUCGACCAUACUCAAGCUCCUGACUCGCUGCUACGACGCUACAUCGGGCACUGUCUUAGUUGACGGAAAUCCCAUCGAAGAUUAUCAAAUUGCAGACUUGCGGUCUGUGACAGCUAGUCUAACACAGGAGCAUACCAUAUUCCCACUUUCUUUGAGCGAGAACAUCGGGAUCGGGUCACCAUCAUCUGCAACAAAUCUCGACAAAAUUACUCAAGCAGCGAAGUUAGCUGGUGCUCAGGACGUCAUUGAGAACUUCACCAACGGAUAUGACACUGUCCUCGAACCUGUCAAGACUGCCUCUCUUAGCUAUACAGGAAGGGGAAACGAGGUCCUAGAAAAGGAGUACGAGAAGAUGGAGAAAUCAACAAACGUGUCUGGCGGAGAGAAACAAAGACUUGUUGCCUCCCGGACAUUUAUGCGUAUGCUGUCUGAGGACAUCAAGUUUGUUAUAGUCGACGAGCCAAGUUCUGCCCUUGACCCAGGAGGCGAAUACGAACUGUUUAAGCAGCUCAGGGAAGCACGCAAAGGAAGAACCAUGAUAUUCGUCACGCACCGUUUUGGGCAUCUCACCAAGUUUGCCGAUCUCAUCUUGUGUAUGAAAGGAGGGACUGUGGUUGAGACGGGAACGCACCAGGAGCUGUUGAACCAUCAGGGAGAGUAUGCUCAUUUAUAUAAUGUCCAAGCGCAAGCUUUUACUUGAGACUUACUGAGCCCGUCAAGGAUAGUCUUCAUAGAAUUGAAGCUAGUAUACGCCAGAGCCUAGAAUAUGGGAUUAUGCUACGUAACAGUGAUAGUAACUUCCAUACAUCACAAGAUCUGUAUACCGCAGUCCCACACAUGUCUGACGUUCUCAAAUGCUGACACCGAGAAUCUGUUCUUGAUCCCCAUGAACUGGUAGCACAACAAUUCUC